AUGUCCGACCUUCGGCCAAUCUCGCCGCAGCUAAUGGGUGUUGCUAGGCUACAACUCAACGAGGAUGCGGCCCAAGUGAACAGUCAUUUGGUAGUGAUCAGAUCGUGGCUUGUUGAAUGCGACUUGCACUGCACUGUGGUGAGUGAUCAGUUUUUGGUCGCAUUUCUUCGCGGUUGCAAAUUCAGCCUGGAGAAAGUCAAGAAAAAGCUGGCACUGUUCUAUCGGAUUCGUGCCGAGCUACCGCAAGUAAUUCAAAACCGAGAUCCGACGGAUGAACACGUUUUAAGCGUCAUCCGAAUGGGGGUUGCCGUUCCGCUGCCAAAGACAGAAAAACCGACCGAUCCAAAGUUGUUUCUGAUCCGAGUUGGACAAUUUGACGUCACCCAGUGUACGUUCGCAGACAUUAUGAAAGUUGGCACCAUGCUCAACGAUAUUUUGAUGCGGGAUGACGAUCAAAUGGUGGUUUGUGGGGUGGCAAUCAUUAUCGAUAUGAAAGGGGUGACCGGUAGUCAUUUGUUACAGUUUGAGAUAGAACUGUUGAAGAAAAUUGCCACGCUAAACCAGGACGCGUCGCCGCUGCGGAUGCAGGGCUUCCAUAUUUUAAACCCUCCGCCGGGACUGCAAACGGCGCUGAGUAUCUUCAAUGGCCUUCUUUCCGAAAAAAAUCAACAAAAGAGGAUCUUCACCCACGGGUCUGACCUUGAGUCACUUCACAAACAUUUUCCAGCAACUCUACUUCCGGCGGAAUACGGUGGCAGUCUGGGUUCGAUUGACAGUAUCAUAAACGAAUGGGAACUGAAGCUGAUACACAAUCGGGCCUACCUUUCGGAGAUGGCGGCCCUGACCUCCAGCAAAAACUUGUCGCUGACGCACAACCCUGAUACGAUUGGAACGAAAAGUGAGGCUCAUUUUGGAUUCGAAGGAAGUUUUAGGAAACUGGAUAUUGAUUAG